GGUGCCGCUGUAGCUGAUGGUAAAUUGUUACGCAGGAGAAAAUGUCUUCAAAAUUAACGAAAAAAAAAACAAGAUGUAUCAUAAAUAUUAAACACAGAAUCAGACCUAUCUAGAUCUAAUUACGUUACAAUGCUACGUAGUCAUUGUUUUGACCUGUGGACUCUGCAAUUCUGGCCUGUAGUUCAGUUUUGGUUCUUUUGACUGAAUGGAUAGCUCCAAGAGCCAUAUGGUCAAGAAGUAUGUUGAUGUUUAACUAUAACUGGCUGAAUAUGAUUUGGUAGCUUUUAAGUAUUUUAUAGACAAAUAAAAGUUAAGAUAGAUUAUCCAUAUCACAGUUUUGACUGUUCAAGGUGGCCUAGUUGAAUUUAUUCCUAGGGUUGUGGUCUACAAAUUUAAAAAGUUGUAAAUGAUUAUGACAUGUCAUCUGAAAAAUGUCUACAGGGUUUGGAACUGCAGCUGAUAGAGGUUGAGAUGCUGAAAUCUAUGUACCCCAAUCCUGGAGAGUUUGACUUGGAUGAUCCUACCACUUUAGAACUUGUGAAAGCUGUUGUGUCUGGUGAGCUUGAGCUAACAGGUUUGGAAAGUCGCUUGGGUUACUCCAUAAAAGUGACAGUUGAAAGCAACAAGAAGAUAUUGGUAGCAGAACUUGUGUGCAACCUUCCACAUGAAUAUCCUUUUGUCAGACCUCAGAUCUACACCAGAGUUCCUGAAAUCAGCAGAGAACGACAUAGGCAGCUGAGAGAGGAAAUGAAUAAUGAGCUAGAAAACAUAGUUGAAGGUGAGCUGGCAGUCGGAGUGUUACUGGAAUGGCUGAAAGAGCGUUUGUAUACAGAAGUCAAUUAUUUGUUAUCAGAGCCAUCCAAAAAAAGUGAAGAAAAAAGAUGCCUGGAACCUGGAAGAGAUACUUUUUCUAGAAUGUGGAUAUUCAGCCAUCACAUCUACAGCAAAGUCAAACGGCUAGAAAUUCUGGAUUGGGGAAAAGAGUUAAAGCUUCAUGGUUUUUGCAUGCCAGGAAAACCAGGCAUUAUCUGUGCUGAGGGCAUGACUUGUGAUGUGGAAGAGUUCUGGCAUAGAGUUCGUCGUUUGUCCUGGAAAAAGAUUGGAAUUGUUGAGCAAGAGGUUUUUCCCUGGCCUGAAAGCUCAGAGGGGAAGUCUGCACUUUAUAAAUUUCAACAGUUUGAUGAGCUAGUACUAGAUGCCAGAGGAGGUAAAGGUCGUGAGUACCAUAUGGACCUUGGUCAGUUCAGUAAAUAUCUGGAGCAGCACAACAGUGGUCACAUAUUCAAUACCUUGUUUGGACUGGAUUCUAAAAAUGUGGAGGAUGGGGUCUGACCUAGGUUUUCACUGGUAUUAUACAAAUAGCAUAGAAAUGGAUUUCAAAGCAAUAUCAACUUGACAGUGGAGAGAGGGAUAAAUAAUUGUUUAAACAUUUGAUGGUGCAAGAAAGUGUAGGGUUAAAACAUGUUCAAUAAAAAUACCUCUCUUUCUGUUCAACUAGUUACAAGUGGUUUUGAACAAAAUAACUAGCUUACCUUGGACUAGGCAGAAGUCGCAUAUUUGAUAUACUAAAAAUUGAAACAACAAAUAUAUUAGGGCUCUAUUUCAAUUUUGAAUAAUAUUCUAGGAAAUAUUACUAUAAACAAAAUCAACUUCUCUAAUCUUAGCUUACAACUUUGUGGUGAGGUUGUGGAUGUGUAAACAACUAAUAAAAAUUAUUAGGCUACAUAAUCCUUCAAUUUUAUUUCUUCUUCCACUUAUUGUUUUUUUAUCGUGGAACAUAUACACCUGGCUCAGGUUUUUUAAGGGCUCAGAUUUCCUGCCCAUAAAAAAAAAUUAAUUAAUCUCCUUGUUACAUGUGAAAACUUUUUUAUCUUGAUGUUUGUGCUAGGUAUGAGUUUUCGAUUUGUACAAUUUAGAAUGAGCAGCCCUCAGAUUUGGAUCUUGGAUUGUUUUUAAAGUUAAGAAGCUCUUCAAACGCAUUUGUGAUAUCUAUGAUUCAUAUGUAUGACUAUUCCCUUAGAAACUGGGCUGUUUGGUGUAGAGCCAAAUUGUUCUUGUACAACUCCAAUGAAAUGGCAUAUGUAUAUAUAGUAGUAAAUCUCAGGCAAGCACUCAACAAAGGAAGAUUAACAGUUACACUGAUUUAAUAAUUAAUUAACUAAAAGUAAUCGAGACACACAAACCAAAGUUCUCUAAGUUUUUCUUCACAACUUUUUCAGAAUUCACCAUUGUCUUUUAAGCAGUAAGAGUUCACUUUUGUUUUUUUUUUUGUUUUUGUUCACGACCUCUGGCCGAAUGAUUGAGAGGCACCAGUGUCAAGAAGAAAGCAUUAAUUUUCAGCACAGAUUUUACUGUCUACCUUCAGACACCUGCUCUGCACCAACAUGGAGACUGGAAUAAUGUUAAUAGGGGCUCCCACUUUGUGGUUCACCGGUUUUUGCCCCUUGAAAUCGGUGAAUGCUAGUUUCCCUGGUAGUUAUGUGGAACUUGUCGGGCAUUUGUUUCUGGUCUGUAUUGGGCGGGUUGUCUUGUACAAUUUCUUUGUAGAUGUCCAUGUUCGUCGCAGUUUUAACAUCAGACAUUUGUUCUAUGCUCUUGCAGUGCCUCUUACUCCCUUCUAAGAAGUUGUAUAAUAUCUUCUUCCUGAACCUCUAGCCUUCGACCAUAAUCAAUGUUUUUUGACGUAUCCUUGGCGUCUUCAUAAGACAACGUUAACUAGGGCUUCGCUUGCUUUGCAUUUGCCACUAUUUCUGUCAGCUUUCUUUAGCUCCGGGUCUCGAAUGGCAUCGAUGAUGACUACCUCUAGAAACUCAGAUGCUGCUGUUGGGUACGCCAGAUAAGCAAGACGUUUAAUGUCUGUUUUUAGAUCCUGUAAAUUUUCACUGGCACGUUGUUGUCAGGUUUUCAGCUGGACUCUAUGCACUUCUUGUAAAUGCUCAUCUCCGUAUCUAAGCUCCAAAGCUUGUAUGAUGGCAUUGUGGUCUUGCUGGUUUGAGAUAGCAGUUUGGAAGCUUUUCCUCUCAUAGCUAACACUAGAGCAGUCGAUUUCUCUUCCUCACUGCUCCACUUAUUGACCUUGGCAGUUGCCCCAAAUUGCCUUUUGUAGACAGACCAAAGACAAACCCAUCAAAAACAGGAGGCUUAAUCUUCCCAUAAACUACAGGUAACUUGUCUCCUGCAUCUUACUCAUACCUUCUUUCACUUGAGCCUUAAUUUCUUCUAUUUCUUUUCCCACAGCGUCAGCCCUCUCUGGUUCAUUUUCUCAUCCACAUUGUUUUUGUGCUGGUUCAUUGUUUCUAAGUCAGUUUUUAUGCCCAGAUAACGAAACAAGCAAAUCUGGACAAAAUGAAUGAAAAAGUUUGCGGUGAUUAUCUUCAGAUUCACCAAAGAAUGAAAUUAAUUUAUUUCUGAUGCAUGAAUAAUCUUUCCUUUCUUUUUUAUCCAUACAAGAUAUGAUAUUGAAACUCGAUCCUGUGAGUCUUGAUAGAAGACUUUUCAUCUGGACCUAUAUUAUUAAAUGUACUUGUUUUUGUAUGAAGUAUUAUUGCUUGAAGUAUCUUGUCUACUACAAGUUUCAGUUUAUCUUUCUUUUUAAUUUAUAUUUCAUUCUCUUUGGAGUUGUCUUUCUUUUUCUUCUUUCUUUCUUUGAUAUUCUUUCUUUCUUUCUCUAUUCUCUCUUUCUCUUCUUUUUUCCUCUCUGGCAUUGUCUUCUCCUCUUCGACUCAAUCUCUUCUUUCUCUCUUUGAUAUUCUUGGUCCAGCCUUGAUUGAACAAACCUGGUUUCUCAUUUCCCUUUAAACCUAAUUUGUUCAGCUGUGUCCAAAAUGCUAUCAGUCUGACAUAUUAAAAAUAUCUUUUUGAAGUUUAUCAAUAUUACAACAAAACAAAAUAUUGCAUGUUUACACUAACAGGUAUUGAACACAACAGUAGAAACACUAUAAAGUUUAUCUUCACUUUAAAGUGAAAUAUGAAUAUGAAAAAAAAAAUAAAAUUUCAAUACACAAAAUAUCAUAGACUCAUGCACUAAAAAUAAAUAUAAUGGGGGUCUAAACCAGUGGUUUUCAACCCUUUUUGUAUAUUUUCUCUUUAAAAAAAUUCCCUGUCAUAAUUUGUUUAAAGUCGUUUCAUAAUUCUCAUUUUGAAUUUUUGAACAUUACUUUCUUUAGAUUUAAUUUUAAAUUAAAUUAUUAUAUUUAUUGUAACUAUUAUUAUUACUGAAUCCACUAAAAAAAAUUGUACUUCAGCUAAUAGAAACCUUGUGCCUUAUGCAAUUUGACAAUAUAAUAUGUCAGGCUUUAAAUUAGUCAAAUCAAGGCCAAUUGUCACCUCUAGUGGCUAUAUCCAGUCUAUUUCUUUGCUUUGCUUAGUGUGACCUUAUACCAUGAUUAGGUCAUAAUACCAGUGACUUCUGCUGUACUGGCAAGGUAGUCCAGUGGUACUUCCUGGUCCCAAAUUAUACUACCUAGGUUAUUAAUUAUAGCCUCUAGAUAUACAACUUAUUGAGACAUACAAAUAAUAAUAAUAAGAUUUCAGUUGCAACUAAUGAGUUUAUUUAGAAACAACAACAACAAAAAAAGAUCAUAAAUAAAAAUGGAAAUAAAGGCCAAUAAAAAUAAAAUAAAAUAAUGAAAAAAUAAAAAUAGUAGACAGGUUCAGGUCAAAACAAUCAAAGGACCGCCAUCACUGAGGCACACUAGUGUCUUAUUUCAAUAACAAAACAAUGGCUUACACAAAAUAUAGUAGGAAAGAUACAGGUCAUAACAUUCAAAUGACCAUCAUCCCUGAGACACACAACUGUCUUGUCUCAAAACAAAAGUUUAUCUUUUAAAUACUAUUUGACCCUAAUCUAGUCUUUAGAGAAAAAGAAAACACAUCCAGGAGAGUAUAAGAGACUAAGUAGACAUAUAAUAUUUACAGAAACCAACUGAUUAAAAACAAAUAAAUAAAGUCUACUUAGCUUGUUAUUGAAAAAAACAUUCCCAUAACAGUGGCACACUCCUUUUGUAACACAGUGAGAGCACAACACAAGAAUGAGAUAAACAUUACGUAGACUCAGUUCAAAAUUAUGUAUACUGGUCAGCUCAAAGACUCAAGAGAAAGUGGCAAUUGAAUACAGUCAAUUGAGACUUAGUGUAAUUAAAGGGGAUUAACUCUUCUUGACAUAAAAAAGUAACUACUCUUAUUAUCCCCUUAGUCAGACUUAGUAAGUUUUUUACAGCACUAAAUCCAGUUUUAACUAUUUAUGUUGAGGGAAAUGCUUAAAAUUACAAUUACAUUUUUGACCACAAGCUUGUUAUUUAGCAGAUUUCAAUGUUGACAUAUCUCUGUUGUUCUUCCUAUGUUAACAUUCUUUUUACUGACAUAUGACAUAAUUUUGUAAGAUUUAAGCAGAAUAUAGUUGUGGACUAAAAACUCUAGCAACAUCUGCUUUGCUGCCGUUUGAAAAUACUGCUUGAAUAGUUCAGGUGUUUUAUUUAUUGCUCAUGAAGAUUUUUAAAAUGCUCUAUGGAUUUGUCUAUUUUCUCAGGAAACUUGCUAUUUGUUCCUGAAGCCGACUUUUUCAUCCAAAAUAGACACAUUAGCAUAUGUUUAUAUUGUGGGGAUUCAAUAAAUCCCAUGGAAAGAUAAGUAACUGCAUACUGGCAAGUUUUUCUUUUGGCCGACAAUGUUAAUGUGUUCAUUGUUAAAUAAAUGUUGGCUUUAACAUUUGAAACAAAUUUACAUAUUAAUAUAUUAACAAGCUCUAGUUUUUGUAUCAAAAACAUUUGCAUGUGUAAGGAUUAAAAAUUAAAAUAGAUACAUUACACUUAAAGCUAAAAAAAAAUAUAUAUAUCAUAAAGAAAGGAGACCACGAAAUCAAAUUGAAAGCAUUAUCUAACAUUGUUUCUUACUUAAAUUAGAAGAAAGCUAAUUAAAAAUGUGUCUCUUUGGCAGGGCUAAUUUUGAAGAAAUUUAAUUUGUUUGUUUCAGAGAAGCUCAAGUUUCUUCUUUCAAUUCUACAUGAAUCUUUUGAGCCUAGCACUUGCCUACUGCCCCUUUCCUCCCAGUUCUCCCCAUUUUCAUGAUAUUGUCCCGCCAGGGGGCAUUCUUGCCCCUGUUGAAGACCUUGGUCUAGACAAUAUAUAUUAUAAAAAAAAAAUUACAUCACAAUACUAAAAACAAUUAUCUCAUCUCUCUCUUAUCUCUGCCUGUGGUCUCUUGUAACUAGCUUCCUCCAGGCAUCUCGGUUCUGGGCGAGUCUCUCUAAAUGUCCCCAUGUCUUGCCCAUCUGCUUCCAAAUCGCAGCGCCUUGUAUUCCUGGGCUGUCCCCUCUUCCUCUUUCCUUGGGGGUUCCAGAUAAGGGCUUGUCUUGUUAUUUGGAUGCAGUUAAUUUAUUAUAAUUAUAGAGAAUACAAAUUACAACCAGGGCAAAAUAGACUAAAUAAUUAUUUUAUACCUGUAUAUUUCAGAUCAGAUCAAAGACAUGGGCAAUAUGGUGCCAACUUCAGUAAUAAGUACCCACUCUUUUAGAACUGAUCAGAACAUUCUUUUAUAAUUCUUCAUUGAGCAUGUUUUACUGAGAGAUUUUAGAGAUAAUUUUUUUUUUUCCUUUUCAGUCACCUCAUUUUCAUGUUUUCUUGCAACCCAGAAAAACAUGUUUCCAAGUGCUAAAAUGUGGGCCACUUCAUUAUAUCAUUAAUUUGGUUACUUCUUUUACCAUUAGCUUAUUUAUUGCUGUAUUCUAUUUGUCUUUUAAGGUGUCCUUUGGUACACCAUUGAUUCUUUCAAUUCAUUCACCUACAAUAGGGCAAGAAUCUAAUAUUACAUUUUCUUAUUCAAUGUUCAAAUAGCCCAUUUUGGAUACUAGUUACCCUUAGCAAAAAGCUGGGUAUAAAUCUCUUACACCAAUUCAUUUGUUAUGCUUAAUUGUGAACAUGAACAAAAUGCCUAUCUUGGCAAUCUGUGCUAGGCUUUGUUUUACCAGACAUGAUUGAUGAACACAUUGUAGACAAAACAUUUCAAACAGAAAACUAAUAACCCAAAGAAAUUCUUUUUCAUUUUCUUAGUACUAAUACAUGUUAACCAAGCAAUCCCAAUUAAUUCUAAAUGUUUGCUCUUUUUGAAUUCUAGACCAAUGUCAGCCUGAUGCAGGACACUACCCUAAGAUGGAGGAUAUGUCCUCAUAUUGCCUGAUGUUUUGUAAUCCUGUAGGACUUGUGCCCAUCUUUUCCUUUCUUUCAUAAACAGAAAUAUAAAAAGUUUCUGAGCUGACUUUAAUGCCAAAUGUCAGUAUGUAUGUCUUUUUGUUAACAAUAUAAACACUGAAAACAGAAGUAGAAGGGAAAUAACAAUGUAAAUUACCAGUUUACUAUUCAGCUCUUUUUUAAAAAAUUAGUUACAUCCCUUUACUUCCUUCCUUUUUUGUAAUUGUUUGCCGGUGGUUAAAACCAAUCAUUCUGAUUUCUGGUUUGUGUCAGGGUUACUUCUUCAAGCUUUGGCUCAGGUCUUUUAUUAUUUUAUAAGGUAACAUGUGAUUGAGUAACUCUUAAGUAUAUACUUAAUACAAUGGACAUUAAGUAAUUUACAAUGUAUGUAGGGGAUGAUAAUGGUGGUAAUAAUCAGACUUUGUUGACUUGAACACUUCAUAUAUAUGCGAAUGAUAUUAACAAAUGUUAACAACAAUCAGCACCCUGCAGUUUCACUACCCAACACCUCAGUAUUUAUCCAGCACACAACACUAGACCACUGCUGGCUCUAGUUCAGACCCAAAAACAGAAAUUGGGCACAAAUUAAACAAGGUACAGACCAGUUUGGUUUAUGUGAAGCAUUUUCUUUAUAUUCAUUGGCCUUUUUCAGUCAUAAGACAUCUAGGGCUGUUCUCAUGGAGCUUUUCUUGUUAUAGCAAUAAAACCCAUUUUGAAAGGGCUUUUUUACCUGCAUACGUCUCAUGUGAAAGUAGAAUCUGUAUUUUGAUUUCCUCAUCUUGCAUUAUGGAACCCAAGUAGCAGUAUUUGUGCACAAAAUUGAAAAUAGUAAAAUGAAAAGCCCUGGAGCCAAGACACAUGCUUGCUUUACUUUUUACUCCAUUGUGCUUGUUGAUGCUUUCUGAGCAAUCCGUUAAACUGUACUGUGCCCAUCAUGUUGUCUUGGAAAGAUUUAAUCAUCAUAUUCAACAGUUUUGGUGUGCAGCCUAUUUAGUGCAUAAUUUUAAAAAAGGUCACCUAUGCUUACAAGUUCAAAAGCUUUAGUGAUAUGAAGGCAAUGUACUGAGGUAUUUUUUUUGCUUUGCAGUUUUCUUGUAGCUGUCAUAGAAAAUCUUGAAAAUUGUAGACCACAGAGCAUGUUGUUGCAGCCUCUGAGCACCACAUGAACGAAGCCAUCAUAAAUGCCUCUUUUGUCUGUGAGCUGGGUGCUUUCACUGAGCUCAACUCAAUGUUCAUUGGCACAGGGUUGUGCUGUACUGUAGCCCUAACCUCCUUCAGUAAAUGUGCAUUGCAUGGAGUAGACUUUGCUUUAUAUGAGUAAGUGCAUCUCCCUUUGCUUAUAUAGGUGAUAGAGUAGCUUUUGUCUGUAGAAUUUUGGUGUUUAAAUUUUGUUUCAUUGGGAACAUCUUAAUGCUGGCAACACUUUUGGGUUGUUUAUUGCAAAACCAAUGCCAUGGAUUCUGGGGCUUUAUUCUGGCUUCCCUUGCCAGUAAAAUAUGUUUUCUAUAAGAAAUUCACUGUCUGCCAGUCUGGUUUCUUGCAACCAGGCCACAUCAACCUUUAGUCUGUUCAGUUCUCUAUCAAUGAUCGCUGUUUGAUGACUACGAAAGCCAGGACACAUUGAUGACUACUAAAGCCAGGACACAUUGAUGACUACUAAAGCCAGGACACAUUGAUGAGAACUAAAGCCAGGAAACAUUCUAUGUACCAUUUGCAAGACGUUAUAAUGAUGAGGGCUUUCUUAUAAUUACUUUGCCAGGUGCAGGUUUGCAGCUUGCUUGUUGCAGGCAGCUGUGGCAUGAUAGCACUUUGUCCUGGGGCUACUUGACUUAAUGCAGGCAGCUGUGGCAUGAUAGCACUUUGUCCUGGGGCUACUUGACUUAAUGCAGGCAGUAGCUAUCCUUUUUUUUUUUUUUUUUUCAAUGCAAAAAAAAAGUGAGGAUCUCUUACACAUGAAGCAUUUGAGUUUUAUUUGCAUGGCACCCUCCCAUUCAGAAAUCAUAUUUCUCUCAUUGUACCCUUUCCCCUUCAAUGCAAACUCACAUUGCUCCUAGUUAAAGUUAGGGCUCAUGUUAGAUAACAUAUAAAUAUGGUUAGAGAACAAAGUGGACCACACUAAUUUCAGCAAAUGAAACCUGAUCAUUUGAAUUCCCUUUCACUACUGGUGAUGGCAUGUAUGAAGAAUCUCUUGUGUUGAAGUGAUAAUUUUUUUUUUUAAUUAAAAAAAAAUGUAAUCCUCACUUUGACUUCUGAUUAUUUUCCACCUGGAACUUGUAGUCAUCAUUAACAUCCAUCCUCUGAUCAUGAUUUACACAGGAGAGGUAAUGCUUUUAUUGAAUGAAAUAUAUUUCCUUGGGAAUGGCAUAAAACUAGGGCACAUCCUCACUCAUUGAAGGCUGCACACAACACAUUCAUAAUGCUUCUCUUCAUGCCAAUGUUUGGUUCUAAACACUUUAUUGAUAGACUCACUGGACCAGUAGUUGAGACUGUCUUUCAGUCUCCUACAUUGAUUAUAGCCUUCAUUUCUCAUGUGACAUUUUGUUGUGGAACUAGUUCCUUCAAAUAAUGGAUCAUAAAACUUUCCUGGGCAUUAGGGUUUUUAUUUCUUUUUGUUUUUUUUCUUAUUUGCACAAGUAUUUCAUUCUUUUAAUUCAUUUACUGCAAGACUCUGUUAUAAAAUUGAAUUGAAGACACAAAUUAAGUUGUUUUUUUUUACUCUUGACCUGCUGUGGAUGUCUGAUUAAGUUUUUUUUUUUUUACUCUUGAACUGCUGUGGAUGUCUGAUUAAGUUGUUUUUUUUUACUCUUGAACUGCUGUGGAUGUCUGAUUAAGUUUUUUUUUUUUACUCUUGAACUGCUGUGGAUGUCUGAUUAAGUUUUUUUUUUCUUCUUGAACUGCUGUGGAUGUCUGAUUAAGUUUUUUUUUUUACUCUUGAACUGCCAUGGAUGUCUGAUUAAGUUUUUUUUUUUUACUCUUGAACUGCUGUGGAUGUCUGAUUAAGUUUUUUUUUUUUACUCUUGAACUGCUGUGGAUGUCUGAUUAAGUUUUUUUUUUUACUCUUGAACUGCUGUGGAUGUCUGAUUAAGUUUUUUUUUUUACUCUUGAACUGCUGUGGAUGUCUGAUUAAGUUUUUUUUUUUUACUCUUGAACUGCUGUGGAUGUCUGAUUAAGUUUUUUUUUUUACUCUUGAACUGCUGUGGAUGUCUGAUUAAGUUUUUUUUUUUUACUCUUGAACUGCUGUGGAUGUCUGAUUAAGUUUUUUUUUUUUACUCUUGAACUGCUGUGGAUGUCUGAUUAAGAGGACUGAAGGAUAAUAGGAUGACAGCCCAGUAUUUAAGACUAGUGACUGUGUUCACAUUGUUAUUUUCAUUAGUCAUUCUAUGAUAAUUAUUUUCCAUCGGAUGUAUUUUUUUCUUAGGGCAUAGUGCAAUGAUAAUAUAUUUUGUGGGACUUGGACUAAGUGCUUAGAGUCUAAUCAUGGUUCUAAUGAAUCAAUAUCAGUAUACACUUUUCUUCUCAAAGAAUAUUUGAUGUUUCUCAUGAUUCCACAUUCCCAUUGUGUUAUCAUUUGUUGAAAUGUACAGGAAUAUAAUCAAGUCUGAAAUUUGUUGGCUAUAAGAAAUACAAAAAAGUUUUUAUGUAUUUUGUUUCUUUUUGAAUAAAGAAAAUAAUUAGAAAAAAAAGGUAUUGAUUUUAUCAAAAUAAUUUUAGGUGUAAAAAUACAUUACUGCUGGCUGAAUGUUAUUUUCUGUUUAGCUUACAAUAGAACUGUUAUGAAAUGUAGAAUAAUCAAUAAGUUGAUAAUGUCUGUUACACUUUGCUAGGUGCUAAAAGACUAAAUAAUAUGACAACUUGUCCAUUAGCUUUAAUAAAUUGAUAGUUGUAGAUCUUGUUCUUGUCUUAUCCAAGCUUUGUAUUAACAUUUCUCAAGUGCCUUAUAAAUAAAUAAAUAAAGAGCUACAAAUUUAA